AUGCCAUCGGAAUCCUCGAACAAGUACUACAAAGUCGGGGUCCUCCUGAUCCCCGGCGGAGACAUCCUCGACUUUGCAGGCCCAAUCGAAGUCUUGUCCCAUGUCUCGCACAAUCGCAACCCAGAUGACCCGGACAGAAUGUUCGAGAUCAAGACCAUUGCUGGCACUUCUGCAGUUCGUGCCGCGCAGACCCUCACUGUUGAGGCAGACAUUCUCUUGCCAGACGCCAUUGACAACAUCUCGGACUUCAAUAUCCUGGUCAUCCCAGGUGGCCCACCAUCCGCUAUGCAGCCACUCCUUGAGGGCAAUGGACCAGAGUUGGAAUUGAUCCGGAAGUUUGCAGCACUAUCUUCAGAUACAUCGUCUGACGAAAGGAUCCUGUUUUCAGUCUGCACCGGUGCCUUCCUCCUCGGUGCUGCGGGUGUACUCGCCGGAAUGACCGUGGCAACGCACCAUCGCGCUCUGGACGUUUUGCGUGAGAUUUGUGCUCGUUCCAAUGGUCCAGACGAACCUGCUACGACUGUAGUGCACAAGAGAUACGUCGACGGGGGUAUGCUGAAGACAGGCGGUGUCAGGCUCAUUACUUCUGGAGGGGUCAGCUCAGGCUUGGACGCGAGCUGCUAUAUUGUCAGCCAACUGGCGACGCAUGACAUGGCAGUUUUUGUGACUCGAGUCAUGGAGUAUGAUUGGCGUGAGAUCAAAGAAUGA